AUGCCGCUGAACGGCGGAGGGGACGACCGGCAGAGGGGCCCGAGGGCUAGCGCCUGCGGAUCUGGACCGACGUCUGCCCAGCUGGAGUCAACGUCGACGCCGUCUACUUCUCUGCCCGCGCCCGUGGUCGAGGAAGUCACUAUAUGGGGCGCGGCGGAACCUUCGUCUCGACACUCGCCCCGUGGCGCGCCCCUGCAAUGGCGGCGCACGCAGCAGAACCAGGGCAAAUGCGCGGGCACGAUGAGUAUUGGCCAUGCGGACUUGUGCACCGAAGCCAAUCACUACGAGGUCGCUCCCGCCAAGGCGCAGCGAAAGACCGGCUGGCGACGUCAGUUGAACGACCUGAUUCCAAGUUCUGAAAUUGACUCCGCCAGUGCCAAAGACCGCAACCAUGCCCUCGUCUCCGUCCUCAAAGACCUCAGCUUGCGCGUCAGCGACGAUGACCGACGUCGAAUUGAAGAUGCCCUCCAGGAUUCAGAUGACGAGGUCGGGUCGCCCGUCUCCAUAUCCUCUUCUUCGCGAGCAUCCGCCCCUCAUCCAUUCUCUCAGCACUCGCGCAUGCACCCCUUUGCCCCGUCCUCUAGCUAUGUGCCGCUCGGAGCAGAAACCUCGCCUACGUCGGAUCAGUCACCCCUUCCUCGCCUGGACGGUACUGUCCCGGAAGACUCUGGCGACGAAGACGGUGGCGAAGUGCCCAAUGUAGUCGAAGCAGGCUUCUUGGGCCAGAUCUCCGAAGUACAGUGGCUACAGACGCUCAGGAGCAGAGUACAAGCUCUCGAUACCGUUCUGCUUGGCCCACCUGACACCACUGCGCCACUCUCUCAGCCACCCUCGCCUACUUUCACUGCGUCACCCACCUCCCAUGCCGCGACCCCGCUCGAACACAUCGCUCUCACCAACUACUAUCUCGAUGACGAAGGCGUCAAACUCACUGACUGUGGGAAUCCCUUUGAGCUGCCGCCAGAACACACUGCAGUACUGCUAUUCCAGUGCUUCACCCAGACCAUCCAAGGCUCCUUUCCCAUCCUCCCCCCAACUAUAGAGCACCAGCUGCAACAGUACUACACCUUGGUUCGGAACGGGCAGGCGAUACAUUGCCCGGAGAAAUGGUUUGCGCUGGUCAACCUUGUUUUUGCAAUAGGCGCCAAGUUUUCACAUCUCAUCCAGGCUGAAUGGCGAGCCGACGAGCUGGAUCACAUCGUCUACUUAUCGCGUGCCUUUCAAUUGCUUAGCAUGAAUGACACAAUCGUUGUCCUAACGACUCCGGAUCUGCUCACAACGCAGGCAAGUCUGAGCUGCUGA